AUGAUUAGGACUUGGAUUGCCGUUUUAGCUGUUAUAGCAACUUGCUUGGCUGAUUUUCAAAGAGUGCCACUGUACCGCAUUCAGUCAGUCCGCAAGCAAUUACAUGAGGUGGGCACAGAGUUACAUGUGACGCGCGUCAAAUAUGCCGCGCGGGGUCCUGCUCCAGAGCCUCUGUCUAACUACUUGGAUGCGCAAUACUAUGGACCUAUUUCGAUCGGCAACCCACCCCAGACCUUUAAGGUCGUCUUCGACACGGGCUCCUCCAACCUUUGGGUGCCAUCUAAAAAGUGUCACUACACUAACAUCGCCUGUUUGCUCCACAACAAGUAUGACAGCAGCAAGUCGCAGAGCUACGUGAAGAACGGCACCGAGUUCGCCAUUCAGUACGGGUCGGGGUCGUUGUCCGGGUUCCUAUCGACGGACGACGUGUCAGUGGGCGGACUGACGGUGCGCCGCCAGACUUUCGCCGAGGCCAUGUCGGAGCCAGGGCUAGCCUUCGUCGCCGCUAAGUUCGAUGGCAUCCUCGGCAUGGCAUUCUCCAGCAUUGCCGUAGACGGAGUGACGCCCGUCUUUGACAACAUGGUGGCGCAAGGGCUCGUGGCUCCCAUCUUCUCCUUCUACCUGAACCGCGACGCGAGCGCGACGCAGGGCGGCGAGAUCAUUCUCGGCGGAUCUGACCCGGCGCACUACUCGGGCGGGUUCACACGCGUACCAUUGACGCGUGCCACCUACUGGCAAUUCCAGAUGGACGGACUCGAGGGCGGGAACGUGUCUCUGUGCAGCGGGGGCUGCCAGGCCAUCGCUGACACGGGCACCUCGUUGAUUGCCGGCCCGGCUCGCGAUGUGGAGGCCCUCAACCGAGCGCUCGGAGCCACGCCAAUUGCCUUCGGCCAGUUCGCCGUGGACUGCUCGCUCCUAUCACGCUUACCACCAGUCACGCUCUCCAUUGCCGGCGCUCGCUUCUCGCUUCAGCCUACGGACUAUAUCCUACGAGUGUCCCAAUUCGGUAAGACGGUGUGCCUUUCGGGCUUCAUGGGACUGGACAUCCCGCCACCCAAUGGACCGUUAUGGAUCUUGGGCGACGUGUUCAUCGGCCGCUAUUACACUGAAUUCGACAUGCAAAACAAAACCAUUGGCUUUGCACAGGCCAAGUAA